ACCUGAGAAUGUAGAAAUAAGUUUAAUGUUUGUGCGUGGUUUUUGUAAUGGAUGCCUGUUCCAAAAGGUACCACCCUUUAAUAAACAUCAUGCUAGUGGUCCUAUAAUUGGAAUGGCUUCUCAGUAUAUAAUAAUAUGCUGACUUCAGAAAAACUCGGAAAUAAGUAUUUUAUAUUGUUAAUUUGAACCAAUGUUACUUAAAAUUACCAAUUCUUAAUGUUGCAUUGCAUUUAUUCACCUUAUUGUAUGUGCUCUCUUUUUUAUGUAUGUAUGCUAUUUUGUUUUUAUCUACAGUCAGUCUAUAAAAUUCCUGUCUUUUGGAAUUAGGAAGUGGGGAAUAAAAAAGCAUAAUUUUUAAAAUAUGUCUAAGAGAUUUGUGUGAUAUUUGACUAGGAACCCUCUCUCUGUGUGUACUUGUCAAACUUAGUAAUUGCUUUGUUGUUGUGUUUUUAGAUAAAAAGUGAUGGAAAUGCCAUUAGCUUUAUACUGUUAAAAUGCCGGAGAAAGAAGUAUUUCAUGUAUUACGUGUCACGCAACUUGAUGCAGAAGAAAUAAACAAUGGGAUAUGCAGCAUACUUCGAAACGAAAUUAAGGGCUCACUUCAAACAAGUCCCUUUUCAUACCUUUUGAAUUUUGAACCAGAAAUAUAUGCAUUAUUGCGAUUUGUGUUAUGGAAAUAUUCUGUACAUGAUACCGAAUCGUCCAUAGGUCAAGCAAUGUUAAACUCUAAAUAUACAAAUAUGAAUGGUGGGAAGCUAAUCAACCAGAAGAAGUAUGCUUAUGGCAUGUUAACUGUUGUUAUUUAUUGGCUUAAAGAUCGUCAACGUUUAUUAAUUGCUAUGAUUGCUAAACUUUUAGAGAAAAACGAAAAAAUACAUCUGUUACCACUGUUUGAAAAAUUUAUUUCACAUUUCAUAACUGUCUUAAAUUUUUUGUCCUUAAUAAAUUUUUUGUUGUUUUUGCAAACUGGAACAAGUGUUAAUUUAAUAGAGCGGUUGUUGGGAUUAAAACAUGUUUUUCGAGGAAAGCCUUCACCAAGAUAUAUUGAUUACGAAUACAUGCGCAAGGAAUUAUUAUGGAGAUACAUUAUGGAUACUGUGUUUUGUAUAUUACCUUUUGUAAAUUUCAGAAAACUUUAUAAUCUAACUAAAAACUGGUUGCAACCCAGUGUUUCACCGAAGGACAAAGAAAUAAUACCCGGGAGUGUUCUAGAAUGCAGGAUAUGUUCUGAGAAAGCAACAAAUCCAUAUUCUAGUGAAUGCAACCAUGUAUUUUGUUACUAUUGUAUCCAAGGUAACAUGAAUGCAGAUAGUAACUUUCAAUGUCCAAUUUGUCAAAUUGCUGUUCAACAUAUUAAACCACUAGUUAUUUGCAAAUCCAGCAAUAAAGAAUAUUAGGAGGAAUGUUUGUUUAUUGUAAAAUUAAAUCAAGGAUUAUAUUUUUGUACUAUAUUAUACAUGUGUAUUUCUUAUAAAAACGUUUAUAAUAUAAUUACAAUAGUUGUUAUGAUUGCCGGUAUAUGGAUCAUUUUGUUACUUAAGAG